UAUUUGGAUAGAGUUAUUUGUGAUAAAGGGAUAAAUGUUGCUAAUAAGCUAGCAAUUUCAAUAAUCUAUAAUAAAAAUUUUGGUUCAUUUGAGUAUAAUAAUAUUCAGAUUAAUUUUGUGUAUCUUGACAAUAUUCAAGGUA